GUUAUUUUUUUAAAUUACUGAGGAUAUCAACAUGUUUUGGUUAUUUAUUGUGUUGAUCGGCUGCAUGUAUUUUGUGCGUUACAAACAGAAAAUGAGGAAAUUUGAAGAGUUAUCUAAGAAAUUACCAGGGGAACUGUUACGCCUGCCCGUGGUUGGUCAUGCGCAUUACCUGGCCGGAAGCGACGAAGACAAUAUGAAAGUCCUUCAAAGCGUGGGAAGGAUAGCAGUGAAACGCGACGGCCUUGCAACCUACUGGAUGGCCCAUAAACUGUUCCUUAUUGUGGCCGAUCCUGUAGUAGCAGAACUGAUGCUAAAAUCGCAUCUAGAAAAAGACAGUUCAAUGGAGAUCUUACAAUUCCUUGUCGGUAAUGGAAGCAUUUAUGCACCAGUUUCCAUUUGGCGGCCCCGCCGCAAGAUCUUGGCUCCAACCUUCAACAUCAAGAAAUUGAAUCGUUUUGUGGACGUGUUCGCCAAUCAGAGCGCUCUGAUGGUGAACAAACUGAGACCAUUGGCUGGAAAGGGGACGUUUCCCGUUUGGAAGUUCCUGACUAGCUACACCUUUCACUCUGUUUGUGAAACCACACUAGGCGUGCAUACUAACGCUGAUGAGGACAAACAGUUCAUUGAACCCUUCGAAGAAGUUGUAGAGCAAAUGACGUGGCGCAUGCUGCAGCCCUGGUUGCACCCGGACUGGAUCUAUCGGCUACUUCCCCAGUACAAAAAGGCGGACAAUUGCAGACGUGCUAUGUACCAAUUUGUUGACAAGGUUGUCAAACUGAAAAGGCAGGAAAUGGAAGAUAAGCAGCGCGAGCAGGUUGGCUUUGCGCCUAAGCCAGAACCAACAUCUCCAUCAUCAUUAUCAAACUUUGAGUUUGAGAUUGCAACCCGGCGAGAGGCGCACUAUGUGCCAAUUGUUGCAAAACCCGUUGGACGGGUUCUCGAGCCGGAUUUAAAAAAAUCGCAGACUAUUAAAUCAUGUGAUUCCUCCCUCGGUUUCCAGUCUCUACUAGAAAUGCUUCUAGAAACAUCCCUCAAAGUCAAAGGUUUCACUGAUUUGGAACUGCGCGAAGAGGCCUUGGUGAUGAGUGCAGCUGGCACCGACACAUCGGCUGUCGCCGCAUCGUUCGCGCUCGUUAUGCUGGCACGGAACCCUGAAGUUCAGGAGAAGGUGUUUGAAGAAUUGAACGACGUAUUGUACUGCUCAGAUAAAGCUGUAACAGCCUCAGAUCUCCCAAACCUCAAGUACCUAGAAGCUGUGAUAAAAGAAACGUUGAGGCUUUAUCCACCAGUGCCAAUAAUUGUCCGGAGCGUUACCAGUGACACUAAGCUACCAUCUGGAGUGACAGUACCCGCGGGUACGGGCAUUGUCAUGCACAUCUGGGCGACGCACCGCAACCCUCGCUAUUGGGGCCCAGAUGCAGACUCAUUCAGGCCGGAGCGCUUUCUAGAGCCGCUCAAGCACCCCGCGCAGUUUGUGCCGUUCAGCUUUGGCCUGAGGAACUGCCUUGGGUAUCAAUACGCCAUGAUGUCCCUGAAGACAGUGUUAGCAACGGUCCUGAAAGAGUACCGUGUUCUACCACCAGCUGAGGCUGACAUAAAGAGCCUAGACGAACCCAUCAGGGUGAAAUAUGACGUCAUGAUGAAAGCAGUGGACAUGUUUCAGAUACAGUUAGAAGUCAGAUCACCGACCAAUUCUAGAAACAUUGGAUGAUUGAUCUGGU